CUCUGCCAGUCUACUUACCCCUGUGCGCUCUCUUCUGUCACCUCUGAGGACACGAGCAACCGGGAGCUUUUUUGAAAGACGUUUUUCUUAUCUCUACUGUGCCGGACGUUUUAUGCUAUCGAGUGUCCUUUUUUUUUUUGUAAUACUGCACUCGAAUCGUCAGCUUUUUCCUCGGCCGGAUUGCUAUUUUGACAGCAUUGAAAUCGCCCGAAAUCUACUCUGCGAAAUGACAAGAUUACGGCUGAAUGUGUGUCUGGCGUUGGUGGUUCUGGCAGCCACUUCGUCUGCAGCGCCUCUGUCUUCGUCCGGGGCUCUUCAGGUGCUGCAACAGCUGGGUCUGGACAGAGGAACCGGACCGGCGCCCUCCAUAGUGCAAGGCCAAGGCAAACGACGCGGGGACUCGCCCAUUUACUACAUUAAGCUGCCUCCGCUUCCUUAUUAUUUCGUCAACAACAACAUUCAAGAGACGGAGGAGGAGGUGGUGGAGCAGGCCGUGCCGCAGCCGCCGCAGCCGCAGCCGCCGCAGCCGCAGUCACAGGCCGAGGCGUCUUCUCCGUUGCAGAAGUUGCCGAUCGACUUCACCAACAAUGGCCGCCCGAACCAAGUCUACCACUGGAACACUUCUCCAACCUCUCCGAUUUCUGGAUCUCCACCGGCACGACUCCACCAGCCUACUUCUGGAAGCCUACGACCACUCCACACCACCACAACGACUACCACCACUACGACGACCGAAGCUCCAACGACCACUACCCCGAAGCCUACUAAGAAGCCUUUCGUUAACAUCAACAAGUAUUUCCCUUAUAAUGGUCGGCCUUCCAAUGUUUACGUGUGGAAGCCUAAGUUGCCCGUGAGUUCUAGCAAGUAUAAGCAUUAUUUCACACACUUUAAUUACUAAAGUGGAGGCCAAAAAAAAAAAAAGUGGGUUUUUUCUUUACGUGUUUUAAAAGAAGAAGAGAA